AUGGUCUUGGUUGUACCAGCGAAGGAGAAGAAACUCAUGGAUGUCAAACUAGGGGAGCUUCCAAGCUGGAUACUGAUGCAGGAUUUCACCCCUAAUAGCAUCCUUGGAGCAUUUCAAAGAGAACAUGAACAGCUACACAAGUACCACUGA